ACCCAUCUCCGUCCGUGCAAAACCCCUCUCGCGUCCCGCUUCCCUCGGGCGAAAAAAUACCGCGCAAAGUCUCCAAAUCCAACCUCAUCGGCGCCGGCCUCCGCUCCGCCGAAACCCCCGCCAACCCCACCCCUUCCUCCUCCGCGAGGGAUUCGGGGGAUUUCGCGGCCGCCCAGCCACAUUCCGCUCCGGCGCGCCAAAACCCUCGCCCCAAAUGCUCCAGCGGCCCGCCGCCUGAGGACGCCGCCGACGCCGCAUGGGGAGGACCAAGUCGCGGCCGUCGCGGGCGAGGGGGCUCGGCACCUGCGCCGCCGCCGCGCCGAGCCCUAGCGCCGGCUCCUCCAAAUCGAAGCGCGCGGCCAAGGGCGAGGCGAGGAGGGACGUGCUCGUGGAGGCGGGCGGCGCCGCCGACGGCGACCGCCGCGACCUCGCCGAGCUGGUCCUCUGCGACGUGAGGCUCGGCGGCGACGGGGAAUCCGAGUGGGCCGGCCCAGGGGCGUCGGAGGAGAACGGGGAGAGGCACCCGCUGCGCCUGCGGGUGCGCGACGCGCCGGUGGGCGGGUUCAGGCUGGGCCGCUGGCCCGUGGUGCCGUCCGACUGCGUGCUGCUGGAGUACCACCCGGAGGAGCUUGGAGGCGGCGUGUUUGUCUCGGGCUGCUUCGAUGGCCCCGACGAAGGCGUAUCCGGCCUUGCCCAUUUGGUCAGCAUGGGGUUCUUCGCGCUGCGGGUUUGGGAGUAUUGCUCUGGCGAUGGUUCGGUGCCCACCAUGGUGCUUCGGGUCAGAGUGGAGGUGAUGGGCCGGGCUUUCGGCGCGUGUGAGUCGCUGCUGGAGGACGCGAGGCAGCCAUGGAGGAAGAGUUUGAUGAAUGUGAUGGCUUGGGUUCGCCCUGAGGUCACGAUGUCGUCUGUCAUGUACUGGAUGGAUGGUCUUGUUCCACAGAUUGGCGGCGGUGAUGAGUGUGACUUCACCCCGAAGAGCGACUCACAGUUUGAUCUUGCUGCUUUCUAUGAAGCCAUUAAGCCUUCGAUGGAUGCAGAACAGCUGGAAGAUGAACUUCCUGAUUUACUUCCUCAUCUCAGACCGUACCAACUUCGUGCAGCAAAUUGGAUGGUUCAGCGUGAAAAGGGAAAUACAACUAUUCCAUCACUCAAUGAGGACUAUGUUCAUUAUGCACCUUAUUGUGUUCCAAUAGAUUUUAUUAGCAAUGAUUCAAGGAUGUUUUACAAUCCCUUCAAUGGAAGUGUUUCAUUGCAACCAGAGCCUUCUCCACCUUAUGUCUCUGGGGGCAUUUUGGCUGAUGAAAUGGGCUUGGGUAAAACGGUCGAGCUUUUGGCUUGCAUUUUUGCCCAUCGUAGCACAUUUUACACAGAUUGUUCUGUCUCUAGAACCAGAAAAGAAAUAGAUCUGGUAAGUAGGCAAAAAAGAGAUAGAGUUGAAUGCGUUUGUGGGGCUGCAAGUAGAAGUUCUGCAUACAAGGGGAUAUGGGUCCAAUGUGACACUUGUGAUGCUUGGCAACACGCUGAUUGUGUUGGUUACUCACCCAAGAAAUACUUAACCUUUGACGAUGAUGAUGUGUUGUCAAAGAAUCAAGAAGGCACCAUGAAGUCUAAAAGUAGAAGGCAGAAGAGAGCCAAAUUUUCUAUUGCAGAGACGGAAGAAAACUACAUUUGUGCAGUGUGCUUGGAACUAGCUGAAGCAGCCCAAACUACUAUUUUCAGUCAUGCUACAUUGAUAGUAUGCCCGUCACCAAUAUUGGCACAGUGGCACUCCGAGAUUACCCGACACACAAGGCCAGGAUCUCUGGACGUUCGCAUUUAUGAAGGUGCAAGGAACUUGGACUCAGCUUCUAACCAAAGAAAUGAUCUGACUGAAAUAAGCACUGCUGAUGUUGUUUUGACAACUUAUGAUGUCCUCAAAGAAGAUCUAUCACAUGAUUUUGAUCGGCAUGGUGGUCAUCGCCGUUACUUGAGAUCUCAGAAGAGGUACCCUGUCAUUCCAACUGUCCUAACAAGGGUCCACUGGUGGCGGCUUUGUUUGGAUGAGGCUCAGAUGGUAGAGUCCAUCAAAACUUCUGUUACUCAGAUGGCGAUGAGGCUAAAUGCGCAACACCGUUGGUGUAUUACAGGAACUCCAAUACAACGCAGGCUUGAUGAUCUUUUUGGCCUUCUACGCUUUCUCAGAACAAGUCCAUUUGAAUGGUGGGUGCACGUUAUAAGAGACCCAUAUGAGAGGGGAGAUAUGAUAGCUAUGAAUUAUACACACAAGUUCUUCAAGGAAAUCAUGUGGCGCUCUUCUAAAAUUCAUGUUUCGCGGGAAUUACAGCUGCCUCCACAAGAAGAGCGUUUCUCAUGGCUCAUCUUUUCCCCAAUUGAAGAGUAUUUCUAUCAGAAGCAGCAUGCAACUUGCAUGGACCAUGCACAUGAAAUUAUUAAACGUUUAAGAAAUGAUGCGAACAGAAGGGAAGUAACAUCAGAUUCAAAUGCUUUAUCAAAUGUGUACCUCUCCAACAGCGACACUGCCAAACUUCUAGCCCCACUGCUCAAGCUUCGGCAGGCCUGUUGCCAUCCGCAAGUGGGGAGUUCUGGUCUCUGCUCUCUGCAACGUACUCCUCUGUCCAUGGGUGAAAUUUUGCAGGUUCUUAUUGGUAAAGCAAAAGUUGAAGGGAAGGAAGAACUUAGAAAAGUUGUUGUUUCCCUGAAUGGUCUUGCUGGAAUUGCUAUCAUUGAACAAAAGAACCAAGAAGCAUCUUUGUACAAAGAAGCACUAGAUUUAGCUCGCCAAAAUUUUGAUGAUUUCCGUGUUGACCCGUUGUUGAAUCUUCAUAUCAACCACAAUCUUGCGGAGCUGCUCAGAACUAGUUCCGAAUAUUUGCAUGAAUGCACACCAAAAAUACAAUCUCUUGGUGUCAACUGCACACGUAAAAGAAAGGAAACUAGCCAUGCGGAUUCAGAUCGAUGUGGUGUAAAGCGAAAUAAGAUAUCCGAGAACAUCGCCUCAGUUUUGGCAGCUGGUAGUCCUGAAACCUCUGAGUGCAAAAAUGUUGCUGGACAAGCAUCCAUGGAGUUGGAUGCAGAGAAUCGUACUGGAUGCCACUCGUCAUCUGAGUGUUUUGCUGAUGGUUGCUUGAGAAAGAAAUGCAACACACUCAAAGAAAAAUAUUUAUCAGUUUUUACUACAAAGCUAUUAAUAGCACAGAAAGAUUUCAGUGCAUCAUUUGAAGAGGUCUACAGGCACCCUUCUCAAACCGAGACUGCUCUAAGGGCUAUCCUAAGCCACUCAAGGAGAGAGUUGGGAAAGCAAUAUGUUGAAAUUGCUAAGAAGCAUUUACUUCUUUUUGAGGCUAUGCGCAAGGAGUUUUCUCUUGCAAGGAGUCUGUCAAUUGCUCAGAACCAAUUAUUGCGUGCUCAUUACGAGAUCAAGAUGUCUAUCUCACGGCUGCAGCUCAAAGAGAAUGAUGAUGAGCCCAGUGCUGUCACUAUUGUAACUAGAGAAGAGCUUAUUCCAUACAACGUACAGUUCACAAGUGACAAGUUCUUGGCUUUAACAUCUUUAGCUCGUAUAAGAGGACAACUCCGGUACUUGAAGGGAUUGAUGCUGCCCAAGACAGGCAACAUUGUUGCUACAAUGACUUCCUUCCCUGCCACAGAGCAAAUUGGUUCUGAGAUUAGCAAUGAACCAUGCCCAGUUUGUCAGGAGAAAAUUCUCGAGCAGAAAAUGGUUUUCCAAUGUGGCCACUCCAUGUGCUGCAAGUGCUGUUUGUGUCUGACAGAUCGAGCUGCUGGGAAGCACAAAAAGUGGAUUAUGUGCCCUACAUGCCGUCAACGUACAUAUCUUGAGAGUAUUGCUUUUGUGGUUGGGAAACAGAGUGAAAAUGCUGAUAAACAAGCUGAUGAUUCGACAGAAGCCGCUAUUUCUGUCCAAGGCUCAUAUGGAACAAAGAUUGAAGCUGUGACAAGAAGAAUUUUGAAGAUCACUUCAACUGAUGGGGCAGCCAAAAUACUUGUUUUUUCAAGUUGGAAUGAUGUCCUUGAUGUAUUAGAGCAUUCCCUUGCUGCUAACAAUGUAUGUUAUGCUCGGAUGAAAGGCGGAAGGAAAUCAGAAUUGGCGCUCUGUCAAUUUAAAGGCCUGACAUCCAGUAUAAAUGGAAAGAAAGCGAAGAAGGCAGUUUCCAAAAUGCGGCAUGUUCAAGUAUUGCUAAUGCCUAUUCAGCAUGGUGCAAACGGUCUGAAUCUACUGGAAGCACAGCAUGUAAUUCUACUGGAGCCAUUACUAAACCCAUCAGCGGAGGCACAAGCUAUCAGUAGGAUCCAUAGAAUUGGGCAAGACAAGAGCACAUUCAUUCACCGGUUUAUAGUGAAGAAAACAAUAGAAGACAGCGUAUAUAAAAUGAACAGGGGCAGAGCUGUCUACUCCACGAUCAACCGCAGGUUGAAAAACUUCAAAGACGAGCUUGCUCUGACGUUGGAGGAUGUGGAGUCACUAUUUCCUGUGGUGACACCUGAUCAACCUCCGGAGGAGGGCGAUAAGGAUCAUGGUGAUACCUUGAGGAGUUUACCCCCGUCUCUUGCUGCGGGGCUGGCUGCACAAAUGAGGGCCAUCAAUGGAGCAACAUGAUUAACCACCAUGAUGUUAUAAGAGGUAGUCUUGGUGUAACCGGAAAUUCCAGUGCUCGUAAGAAUCUCCAGAUUACAGGAGACGACCCUAAUUUUAGAUGAAUGUAGACUAGUGUGGUCAUGAAGUUCUGGCAUCACCGAUUGAAUGGCGUAGAGCACUGGAGCCGGUGUCUCCGUGAGGGUGUAGUUUAGGGGGACGGUGAACUUGUGAUUCUUUUGUCAUGUGUCGUGAACCAUCUCACUUUCUAUCUUUGUCAUGGUGAUUCUGCCGUACAAGUUGUGUCAGGUGCGAAAUGUUCAUGUACUCCAUUUCUAAAUAUAAGACCUUUAAGACCUUUUA